AUGGGGCAAGGGGCUGCACCCGCAGAAUCGACACUCGCGCCUCCAGAAACUUUCACAGAUGGCGCUCUUCCCAAGAUGAUAGUCUUUGAUCUAGAUUAUACACUGUGGCCCUUCUGGGUCGAUACACACGUUACUCCUCCUCUCAAAGCCUCUGCCGCUCACGACUCUGCGAAAGACCGAUAUGGCGAAAACUUUGCCUUCUACUCCGACGUCCCCUCGAUUCUUUACAAUCUCCGUGAACGAGGCAUCAAAGUCGGUGCUGCAUCUCGAACAUCAGCUCCUGACCUCGGUCGAGAAAUGCUGCGACUAUUGCAUAUACAAGAGGGCUCGGAAGGCAAGAAGAGGAAAGCGAUCGAAUACUUUGACCACCUGGAAAUAUAUCCUGGCUCGAAGAUUACGCACUUCACAAAGUUACAGAGAGCGACGGGCUUUAGAUAUGAGGAAAUGCUUUUCUUUGAUGACGAAGCUCGAAACAGGAAUGUGGAGAGUUUGGGAGUUACCAUGUACCUGGUCAGGGAUGGAGUUACAAGGCAAGAGAUCGAUAAUGGAAUCAGACAAUGGAGAAAGAGGCAUGGGCACGAUAGUGGAAGAUCUGCCAGUGAUUGA